AUGUCACUUGUGAUUUCUGUGACCCUGCUAAGUGGCAAAACCGUUUCGCUGGAAGCAGAACCGGACGAGUCCGUAGAGACAUUCAAGAGCAGAGCACAGGAAGCCCUGGCAGUUGGCAGGGGCAGACUAGUGGACUCCACAGGAGGCGUUCUGGAUGAAGCAGCCAUUCUUCAGAAAUCUGGGCUGCGCAGCGGUGACACGCUAAGCUUGAGCAUGAGCCGUGUUUGUGUUCAGGGCCACAACGGAGGUUCCUUUGCCGCCAUUCUUGGCGAUGGGUUCCUUGUGACCUGGGGUAGACCCGAGUAUGGUGGCGACGGCGGUGCUGCGCAAGCUCUGCUGAGGGACGUGCAGCAGGUCCAAGCUACUGAGCAAGCUUUUGCUGCCAUUCUCGGCGAUGGGUUGGUUGUGACCUGGGGCGCUACCUGGCAGGCUUUUGCUGCCAUUCGGGGCGAUGGGUCUGUAGUGACCUGGGGUCAUGUUGAGCAUGGUGGCGACAGCAACCACGUGCAAGAUCAGCUGAAGGACGUGCAGCAGAUCCAAGCUACUCGCAAGGCUUUUGCUGCCAUUCUGAGCGAUGGUUCUGUUGUGACCUGGGGCAGUUUGCGCCACGGAGGCAACAGCGGUGCUGUGCAGCAUCAGCUGAAAAACGUGCAGCAGAUCCAGGCAUCUCUUUUCGCGUUUGCUGCCAUUCUUGGCGAUGGGUCUGUUGCGACCUGGGGCGAGGCCGACCGUAGCGGCGACAGCAGUGACGUGCAGUGUGAGCUGAAGGACGUGCAGCAGAUCCAAGCUACCCACAGGGCUUUUGCCGCCAUUCUGGGCGAUGGACGUGUUGUGACCUGGGGCGAGCCUUCCAAGGGCGGCGACAGCAGUGAUGUGCAGGAUCAACUGAAGGGCGUGCAACAGAUCCAGGCUAGCUACUUUGCUUUUGCUGCCAUUCUGUGCGAUGGGUCGGUUGUGACCUGGGGCGAAAAAGGUGCUGGCGGUGAUAGCAGCGAUGUGCAGCAUGAGCUGAAGGACGUGCAGCAGAUCCAAGCUACCCACUCAGCCUUCGCUGCCAUUCGGGGCGAUGGGUCUGUCGUGACUUGGGGCUGCACCUUUCAGGGCGGUGACAGCAGCACCGUACAAGACCGGCUGAAGGACGUGCAGCAGAUCCAGGCGACCUGGGGGGCUUUUGCUGCCAUUCUUGGUGACGGAUCUGUUUUGACCUGGGGCGAUCCUGCCUGGGGUGGUGACGCCGGUGGCGCGCAAGAUCACCUGAAGGAUGUUCAACAGAUCCAGUCGUCUGGCAACACCUUUGUUGCCACUCUCGGCGGUGGUUCUGUGCUGACCUGGGGGCGAUCCUGGCAAGUGAUAGUUUAG